AAGUUGCACUAUCUUGCUUUAAAUUUGUUCAGAUAAUUCAGAUAAAUAUACUUUUUUUACUAUAGGCUUUUAAUGAUAUGGUGGAAUUGACUUAUGGAAUUUGCUGUUGUGAUGAAACGGAGAAUAGUGUGCAGAGAGUGCAAUGCUAUAAUCAUUUCAAGAUUAAUCAAAUUUGUCCUUCACUUAAAACCUAACUUAUUGACUGAUAUUGUGAUGGAUUGCAUCUCAAGUGGUAAUCCUUUGUGGCAGUAUUGUAGAUAAUUCCUUAAAUAGGCAGAGUUUUUCAGAUUCACAAAUGAACCCAGUAACGCGUUCGCAAGUGAGGAAUGACGCACCACACGAGACCACCCAUCCAUCACCAUAUAAAAAGCACAGCGCGGACAGCGCAAUGCUCACUGUACGGAGAGAACGGGGUGCUGCGCAUCCCUUACCCACAUCCCGACAACCACGCAGCCGUUGUGAAUGAUACCGACAAGGAGCAUGGAGGUGAACACAACUGAUAAGCCACUUCUUUCAGUUGAUUGCACCGAGACGCUCACCCGUAGCAACUAUCAUUCAGAAGGCAACGCAACAGCUGAUGCGCGUUUGCGAUGCAUACAAGCCAAAGCAGGGAACGGCGCGUCGUGCCCAUCGAGUCUGCAGGUUCCAGACGCACAUUUCCAUACGGUCAAGCUUCCCAUCAUAAAAACCGUAACAUCGCACUGGAAACAUCCAAAGGCACGGGUGGUGAGGUCUUCCAGCAUCGGAAACCGGCACUCGUCCCCUGAACGCAAACCCCGGAGAUCUGUGGACGCCUUCUCCGUGUCUCAGCUCCAUUGAACCGAGCAUAUGAGAUACGAGAGUGAAAACGAUGAUCAAGUCACCGUAAAACGCAGUCAUUAUCGGCGCAUUGUUGUGCUCGGCGCACCCCGAGUUGGUAAAACGGCAAUUGUCCGGCGUUUCUUGGGUGAUGGGUUCCAGGAACAUUACGAGCCGACGACGGAAGACUUUCACAGCAAACUGUACCACAUCCGAGGUGAGAGAUACCAGCUGGAUAUCCUGGACGCGUCCAAAGAAAGAGACUUUCCUGCCAAACGAAGACUGUCUAUUCUGACAGGUGACAUAUUUUUCCUGGUGUUCAGCGUGACUGACAGAGAGUCUUUCCAAGAAGUCUGCGCUUUACGCGAGGAGAUUUUCGCUGCUAAAUCCAAGCUGGCAAAAGCCAAAGAAAACGGACAGGUUCCUAUAAUAAUGUGCGGCAAUAAAGUUGACUUAAAUUCCUCAAGAGUUGUGCAUCAGGCAGAUAUCAGUAACAUCUAUGGGGAGGACAGCGUCCUCUUCGAGGUGUCCGCCAAAGACUGCACCAAACUGGAGGAGAUGUUUGAGGCUCUGGCGGUGCUGGGAGGACUCCCCACAGAAACCAGACCCUCUCUCCAUCGAGACAUCUCCAUUAACACUUAUCAAGCGCUGAGCAAUAGAAAGAGAAACAAACGAGCCAUGAACGAGCCGUGUGGAGCUGUGCAUCCGCUCGCGCGCAGACCGAGUUUCAGCAGUGAUCUGCGGCGAGUGAUGGGUCCGACAACCCCUAAACGAAGUACACCUAUUGAGAGGUGUCAAAUACAGUAAAAGAGUUACUAAAGUCACUCUGUUUUAAACCUUUGAAUAAUAAUUAUUCAACUAUGUAAGAAUUAUUAUAUUCUAUGAAUCUCUGGCUGGACCAGGUGACACUUUUAUGAAUGUAUUUGUGAAAUGUAUUUGCAUGUUUUCUUGAUAUGAGUGUAUUACCUCAACUUUGCAGACUUUCUUGAUAUUACGAGUAAGCCAAUAUUACCUCAGUAAAUCAAAGUUUUUCUGAUAGCACAAAGAACAAUAAAAGACGCAGUGCGCUUAAGACCAAACGAGUCGUCC